AUGAAACAAGCCAAGUCAUAUGAUGAAUCGAGCCAAAGUGAUAAACUACAAUUUAAACUUAAUUAUAUUUCCGUUCUGUUCGGUUACUCAAUAACACAAGCUCACGUUCAAAAAGCAAAUUUUGUUUGCAAUGAAGCAAGUCUCAAAGAUGGAAAAACCAAAAUCACGUUCUGUGAAAAAUAUGCUUCGAACUUUAUUAAUACGAGUAAAACUGAAGAUAGACGAGAUAGCACAAAAAUUCUCAUAAAGAAGCAUACAACUGCCAACAGUUCCUUCUACAUGCACAAACAGUAG